CUAGAAAUUUCCGGGAAAUAUCCACCUUCCGUGAUGCUCGGUCCUUCACCCCGCACUUUGGGCUCUAUGAUGGAUGAAUGGAUCCAGCUCGUCACUCCCCACCCAGCUCGAUUAAAUUUAAUAUUCAUUUCCUGUGCAUAAUUUGAUCAUGUACUCAACCUUCACCAUCCUCCCCGACAGUAAUAACACCAGCCCCAGCCACGCCAACAACGCUUCUUCCUCCCGCUCCUCCUUAUCUGCGCCAACUUCCUCGCGUCCCAAACGAAACCAGGUUGCACGCGCCUGCGACUGGUGUAGGGUCCAUCGCAUUAAAUGCGACAGCAGCCUUCCAUGUCAAAACUGUCGGACACGGGGCGGCCAUUGUACCAAGAACGCGCGCGAAGUGCGUACCCUCCCCCAUGCGCUCAGAGAGAUUGAGCGUCUGCAGCAGCGCCUGCAGGAGCUCGAAGAACAGCUGGAAGCUACCGACGACCACGCAAACCGCAACCGACAUAAGUCGACCCCGAAGCGUGCUUGGGAUGGGAUUCACACCCGCUCGGCACACGCCUCACGGACUCAGUGGUAUGGAUCCUCGUCAGCCUUCUAUUUCAUAGGCCGCAUCAGCAGCUACCUGAGCACCGUGCUGGAACAGCCUCAGAAUGACCACAAUCUACAGCCCAACUCGGCUAGCCGCACCUUCACCAGUCCCAUCUCGCCCAAACAUGCCCUCGAAGAGCCGCCCUCGUCUUUCGCCGACGGGGCCGCCGGUUCGGAGACAUACUUGAACGCAAUCGAAGAAGAUUACUUCCUCAACCUGUUCUGGCAGUCGUAUCACCCUAUCUAUCAGAUCUUGGACGAAGCCGAGUUUCGAGAGCACUAUAAGUCUCUCUGGGCCCUCUCGCCCACUAUGCGGAAGUCAUCCGCGCUCGUCGACAUUGUCCUCGCACUCUGCAUGCAGUAUGGCGUCACCUCAGGCCAGGAAGAUGAUUCCGCCAUCGCCGCCUCUCGGCCUAGCGACUACGUCGACCUUAAUGAUGCGAGCAUCGCCGGUCGAUGGUAUUACCGCCGCUCACAAGCCCUCCUCACCUCUGACAUCGAAAGCCCCUCCAUAGCGACCCUCCAAUGCCACAUCUUCUCCGUUGUCUAUCUCUGCAACGCUUCCUUCCAGAAUAUGGCGCACGUUACCUUGGCACUCGCCGUGCGCAUGGCUCAUAUCCUAGGUCUGCAUUUAGAGCCGUCUACGAGCCUUCCUCGCGCUCAGCAAGAGUUGCGCAAACGGAUCUGGUGGACGCUAUAUACAGUCGAGAGCAAGACUUGUAUGAAACUCGGCAGACCGUGGUUAUCAUCCAACCAAACCUCCACAUGUAGCCUUCCAGCUGAUGAUCAUGAGUUGGCCCGCUUAUCUGUCUCAAACAUUGCGGCGUACGGUGACAAGGUGACCUGGUUGACCUACAGCCGGCUCUUGACGACGUUGGUGCUCACUACCGAGACGAUAUAUCUGGGCUUCUACGACAAAUGUGCUGGAAUCCAGGAUGCUGAGAACAUCAAAAAUAUGUACAACGACCCGUCCUAUCUCGAAGCCUCGGCCGAAUGGCUCCAUUCCCAACUGGAAAGCCUUCAGGACUGGCUCUAUAACGUUCCAGACGCGAUGAAGACCAAACGCAAAGAUUCUGGGAAGCCCUUUUCGACCGAUCAAUCAGCACUAGACCUGGAAAAGUACGCGCCGUCGUGGCUCCAACGUCAACGCUUGCUUCUGGAGCUUCUAUACCACAAUCUGACCAUGAACCUCUACCGGCCCUUCAUCUGCUUCCCGUCCGGUACUUCUCCGACCCCUGUCAAUCAACCUACCUCCGCGGCCGAUGACCAUGCCCUUUCUUGUGUCAGCCAUGCCAUCGCUAUUACACACAUUCUCCUCCAGACUCUGACGACCACAGAAAUUCUCAAGGGGUGGUAUGAAGCCUUUCAGUGGCAGUGGAAUGCCACCCUCUCCAUGGCUGGCUUCGUACUCGCCUAUCCGCUGCACCCGUCCACACCGGCUACCCGCGAUGCCCUCGACAGCGCCAUCACUGUAUUUGAGGUCUUCGGUGCCCACUUUGCUGUCGCUACUAACGCUGCCAACAUCACCCGGGGACUCGCUGCUAAGGCCGACUUACUCAGCGCUCGUUUCCACUCUGAUGUCACCUCGACACCGUCGUUCCUGAGCCAGAUGAAAGCCUUCCCGGGACCGGAUCGUGACCAUGAGGCGGGCAGUCUGGGGCCGAUGGAUACACCAUGGACAGAGUUCCAGAACACGUUGGCCGGAGAGAUGGGGUUGGCGUACAAUGUCGACUCGUUAUAUAGCUUUGAGCCGUUGUACGUGGGAUCAAGAAAUCUGGCUGAUGCAUGGAAUUUGACCUAGAUUCAACCUUUCCUCUUCUUUUCUACGUGUACUUCCCUUGUAGUUGUGAGCUGAAAAAGUCGAUCAACAUUACGAGCUACAUAGAUAUAGAGGCACGGUUCUAGUACGUCUCGUUACAUUUAUUCCAUAAAUCAAUCGAAUAAAGUGCUGGAUAUAUUUUUAGAC